AUGUUUAAUUCGUGUUACCAUGUGGUCGGUACUUGUAAUGGAUUGGUGUGCCUUGUGGAUGAUUUGGGGUGUCAUGGUUACAACUUGAUCAUUUGGAAUCCUUGUAUAAGAAAGUUUGUGACCCUUCCUGAGCCUCCUGCUGUGCUUAGUGGUGGGUGUGAAGUCUCUCUAGGUUUUGGUUAUGAUGCCGUGGGAAAUGAUUAUAAGGUUGUAAGGCUUGUCACGCUUUCGGAUCAAUGUCAGAAUUUCCAUGAAUGGCCAACUCUAUUUCAGGUUUAUUCUCUAGUUACAGGCUCAUGGAGCAGGCUUCGUUCUGUUCUUCUUCCAUGUCAAGUGUUUGGCUGCCAAUCCCAGGCUUUUGUAAAUGGGGCACUUCACUGGUGUGCAAUCUGCUGGACAAAUGAUGCUUUCAACUAUUUUGUUUUGGCAUUUGAUUUGGGAAGUGAGCUGUUUCGAGAGAUCAUGUUUCCGAAGAGUUUGAAAUGGGAUCCGUCGUUGGCAUUGCGGACAUCUGUUUCUAGAGAUGGGAAAUCCAUUGCUGUCUUCACUGAUUGGCGCAAGAGUCAUACCGAUUAUUUUCUGGAUAUAUGGGUGAUGAAAGAGUACGGCAUGGAGAAGUCGUGGACCAAAAUGAUGGUUCUCAGUGCAGAAGUUCCACAAAGAAAUUUACCUAAGGCAUUGUGUUUCAGGAAGAUAGGUGAACUCUUGGUUCUUGAAGAUAGCUAUGAAUUACUUUCACUUGACCUUGUGAGCAGAAAAUUCAAAAGACUUGGGGUUUAUGGAGGUCAGUAUUGCUCUGUUGACUCUUAUGAAGAGAGCCUUGUAUUACUGGACAGCAACUAUGAUGUUUCUUACUGA